AAGCACUUGGAUGCUUGGAUGAAAUCUCUAUGGCAUGGAGCAUAGUAAAAAAUAAAAAUAGUAAAAAUAAAAAUCCAAAAAAUAUUAUUAGUAUUUAGUGCGGCUUGUAAAACUUAUAAUAAAACAAUUGAAAUUAAUCUAAAGGCUUAAAAUGGAUAAUGAAGAUAUUUUGGUUACUUCUCACAACAGGAGUAGAAAUUUUAGCCAUGAGGAAGAAAGAGCAUUGGUGGAACUAGUUAUAAAACACAAAGAUGUAGUCCUAAACAAAUGCACCAAUUCAGCUGCUAAUAUUGCUAAAGAGGAAGGGUGGAAAAAAAUAUGCAAGGAAAUUAAUAAAAGAGGCUUCGAAUAUAAAAGAACCUCCGAAAGUUUGAAAACAAAAUGGUUAAAUCUUAAAAGGUUUGCAAAGAAAGUGUCACACAAUAUUAUAGAUGACACGAACUUAGAUGAAGUGUUAACUAGUGUUGUGAUGCUGAUAAAUGAGAUGGACACAGGUGCAAGUCUGACUGCAGUUCCAAUGGAUGGUAGUGAAAACAAUACAAAUGGCAGUACGACUGAAGCUCCUCAGGAGGAUAGUUUUCAAGCAGUAAAUGAUAUGGAAGAAGAGAAAGAGAAGGUCAACCUCUGGAGUGACAAUGCACAUAAUCAGUCAGAUGAAUCUGAUGUUUCAGAUGCUGUAAAAGUUGUGCCAAUCAAGCGAAGACGCUUCAGAACAUUGAACUUCACUCCAUCGGAAUGUAGUCUACUCCUGAAGUGUAUCAGAGAAGAAAAGGAUAAUAUACUGAUUAAAGGCAAAGGAAUGUCAGCGAAGGCUAUCAAAAUGCAAAAUAGGGCAUGGGAUAGGAUAACUCAGAAAUAUAACAAACUGAGCCCACGGAAGAGGACGUAUAAAGUGUUGCGCACGAAAUUUGAUAAUAUGAAAAGAAUGAGUAACAGCGUUAACUUUAAAGACAUUUUUUCUUCGGACAAAGAUGAAAAAUUUGACAGAAACAGAAACCGCCAACAUGAAAGACUUGAUGAAAAACAUGAAGAUUUUGCUGAGGUAAAAUAUGAAUUCAAAACAGAGCCUGUGCCUGACACCAGUAUGGAUAAGGACAGUGACGUAGAUAAUGAGGAAUACCCGGAUAUUUCCGUCGCAUCUCGUGAUAAAUAUGAAAAAUACUCGGACCCACUAUCUACGGUCCUAAAUGGAGAUUCUGGGAUGGAAUCCAUAAGCCAUUUCGGGUCUUACACUCCACCGGAAAAUAAGGAAAUAUCAAAACUGAAGCUAGAAUUGCUGAAGUAUCAACUGGAAACUGCAAGAUUGGAAAGACAAAGAAUCAGCGCAGCUUUAGAAGGAGAAAACUCCGAGCGACAGUCAAAAGCCAUAGAAACAUCGCUUCGAUUACGAGCGGCGAGAUUAGACACCGUUGCCUCCGAGUCAAAACUGCCCUCAACCCAUCCCGCACUGCAAUACAGUGAACAAGAGAAACUAGCGCAACAGUACAUGCGACAAUUUGAGCACACUUGCAAUUGUAUGAAAAGUAAGAUUAAUUAACUUUCAUUAUUGAUUAAUUAUUAUAUUUAAUGAUCAAUCGAUUUAUCUGUAAGAGAUUAAUGUUACAAACUUUCCUCAAAACUGCCCUCAACCCAUCGCACUGCAAUACAGUGAAGGAGAGAAACUAGCGCAACAGUACAUGCGACAAUUUGAGCACACUUGCAAUUGUAUGAAAAGUAAGAUUAAUUAAUUUUCAUUAUUGAUUAAUUAAUUAUAAAUGGUACGUAAGAGAUUAAGGUUAAAAAUGAAGAGAUUUCCUCAAAAAAAAAACAAGCAAAACCCAUAGAAAUAGAUAAUAAUAUAUUUCUAUGGAUUUUGCUUGAUUUUUUUUAAACAAUUGUAUCAAAAGUUAGAUUAAUUAAUUUUCAUUAUUGAUUAAUUAUAAAUGGUACGUAAGAGAUUAAGGUUUAAAAUGACGAGAUUUCCUCAAAAAAAAAUCGAGCAAAAUCCAUAGAAAUAUAUUAUCUAAGUGUUACAAUAGUAGAAUAGCGAAGUUAAAAACCGUUGCCUCCAAAGCAAAACUGACUUCAACCCAUCUUGCACUGCAACACAGUGAACAAGAGAAGAGAAGAGAACAGUACAUGCGACAAUUUAAUCACACCUGAGUCUUGAACAAUUUCUCAUGUUUUCUAACAAGAAGCAUUGCAACUAGGGAUGUAAUUAUCAAAGAAAUUAUUUUUCGUAAUAAAACUAGGUACUUACUCGUAGGUUCGAUGUUUAUCGAAAGUAUUAUUAGUUAAUUUUUCUAUUCUAAGUAUAAAUGAUACCUACUGGUUUCGUACCUUUGUUGUUGUAAUAAUAUAUAUUGAUUAUUGGUGCGUAUUCAAUAUUUUAAACUGCGCCGGCGUUGCGCUGAACUUACAAAAGCGUGCGUUAAAAAAGCGUUGACGUGUGAACAGACACUUGGGACUGUAUUUGUUCUAUUUGAAACGCUUUUUUAACGGACGUUAAAAAAGCUCUCGUGCGAAUGAGGUGAACCGAUAAGAGGUAUGGUGAUAAAAUCAUCACCAUUUAUCACUUACGAUUAGGUGAGAUUGCAGUAAGGCUAACUUGUAAUUGAUAGAGUAAAAAAAAUAUUGUUAAAAAGAUAGCACUAAUUUUAGAUCUGUCAAUUUAGGUUAGAAUUAUAAAAUAGCACCAUUAAUUUGUUAUAAUAAAGGAUGCAGUGGCGUAAAUGAAAGAUGUUUUAAAUACGAAAAUUUUGUAUAUUUACUUGAUUGCGUUUUACAAGAUGAUUAAAUUAUAGUAUUUCAUUAAUAAAAUUAUUAUUUUUAAUAA